AUGAAGAGCUCCAAACCCAAGCCAUGGUGUCAUGGAAAGGAAUAUACUUUGUAGCUGCACUGUUUUUGGGAAGUUUUUUUGGAAGUAUUUUCAUGCUUGGUCCUUUUCUACCUUUGAUGUUUAUCUCCCCGGCCUGGUAUCGCUGGAUCACUGACCGCAUUGUGGCCACAUGGCUCACGCUUCCAGUGGCGUUGCUGGAAAUGGUGUUUGGUGCCAAGGUGGUUGUCACCGGUGAUGGAUUUAUUCCUGGAGAAAGAAGUGUCAUUAUUAUGAACCAUCGCACACGGAUGGACUGGAUGUUCCUGUGGAACUGCCUGCUGCGAUACAGCUACCUCAGACUUGAAAAAAUCUGUCUCAAAUCCAGUCUCAAAAGCAUUCCAGGAUUUGGCUGGGCCAUGCAGGUUGCUGCCUUUAUUUUCAUUCAGAGGAAAUGGGAAGACGACAGGAGUCACUUUGAGAAAAUGCUGCAUUAUUUCUGUGACAUUCAUGAGCCACUACAACUCCUCAUCUUUCCAGAAGGAACUGAUCUCACAGCCAAUACCAAAGCUCGCAGUAAUGACUUUGCUGAAAAGAACGGACUUCGAAAGUAUGAGUACGUCUUACAUCCACGGACUACAGGAUUCACUUUUGUGGUGGAAUGUCUAAGGAAAGGUAACAAUCUUGAUGCUAUCCAUGACAUAACUGUGGCGUACCCCCAAAACAUUCCUCAGACGGAGAAGCACCUUUUGAGUGGAAACUUCCCAAAGGAGAUUCACUUUCACGUCCAGAGAUACCCCAUAGAGACAGUGCCCGCUGCUAAGGAGGAGUUGCAGCUUUGGUGCCAGAAGCGUUGGGAAGAGAAAGAGGAGAGACUUCGAUGCUUCUAUGAAGGUGGAAAGUGCUUUGAUGAGACGAGGCAAAGCAUCAUUCCCCCGUGUAAAUCUGAGCUCAGGGUCCUCGCAGUCAAAUGCAUCUCACUCCUGUAUUGGACAGUGUUCCCAAUGGGUACGUUUGCACUGCUGUACCUGUACAGCUUUGCACGAUGGUAUUUUGUAGCCAUGAUAGUCAUUUUUGUGGUGCAGCAAAAGAUAUUUGGUGGGCUGGAACUAAUUGAACUCGCUUGUCAUCAAUAUUUUAAAAGGCAACAAAAACAUAACGAUGCAGAAAUUAAAACAAAGUAGUUCUUGCGUAAAGAAGGGCAUCGUAACGUGUGGCCUUGGGACAUACUGCACAUUUUAUGAACAGAAAAGAAGUUUUGCAUGAGAAUUGUCUUUUACUAUUGUCACUGUUUGCUAGACAUUUGCACUUAAUUCUGUGAGAAGAAAGAAAACAGUUAGUUAUCACUGCGCGUGAAAAUGGUAGUUUUUAUCUCUGAAUGUAAUUUCAACAUUGCUCUUGCAAGCAGCCUAGCGACUGCAUUCUGCUGUAAUUAAGAAACACGUUGCUGGAUUAUUGAACAAUCAAAGGGGUGUUAAUAAAUACAACGUGCACUGAAAGUUCAUGUACAAAUCCCAACUGUCCAGAUAAGAAAGACAGAUGUGUUACUUCUGUAUAAUCAUAUUGUCAUAAAGCACCGGAUUUGAAGAGCUGCUAUGAUUAACAGUGGUUUGAUGGUAGGUGGAAGCUGGAGGAGGACGUUCCGUUUCUUUUUUUUGCUAUUUCAGGUAGUCACACACACUUCAAAAUACUUUGUCUUGAGCUUCUUCAAACACUACUCAACCUACCCCGCUAUUCACCCUGUUCUGCCACAGUCAGUCAGAACUUAAAGGAUUUUUAGGCCUGCUGGUGUUUUGUUGUGGUACAAGAAACAGUGCUGGCUUUGCCUCCAGUUAAGUCUAAACUGAUUAUUUAAUAGAUCUAUGCAGCUAAGUUGUGAGUUCUCACUGUUCAUACUGGUUUGUUGUCUCUCUCAGCUGUGGGAGACGUGUUCCUACUGUAGUACAUAGAGCUGCAGGGUAGGGGUGCUGGGUUUUGUUGCUUUAUUGUUCGGUUUGUUUUUCUAGUAGAGGCAAUAAUAUGUGUCUGGCUCUUGAGUGGCUGGUAAAUGGUUUUACAAAGAGGUCUCAUUAUAGACAUUAUUUGCUGUUUUUUUUUUUUUUGUUGUUUUUUUUUUUUUAGAAGGCAAGGUAACUAUUUUUGGAAGGAUUUUUGGUUUGCUCUCACAUUGCUUCUUCAGACAUUUCAGUUGUCCAAAUGCACAAAGGUUGCCUCUUCUGUGCAAGCCAGCCAGACCUUCUGGAAUGUAUCCGAUGCAAUGGUUGUCUUUGUAUGAGUAUUCAGAAGAGAUGGAUUUCAGGCUAUUGCAGCACAGGGAAAUUGAGUUUCAGCCUCUCUUUCUUUUUGCAGAAUUAUCUCGCAUUGCCUGACUGCAUCAAUCCUAUUCCGUACUUCUUUACAAUUCUGUAUUGUCCUGGGAGGCUCCCACUGUAACACAUUUCCUUCUCUUUAUGACAGUGAGGGUUUCUGAAUAUCACAACAUCCGAAUUAAACUCUGACAAUGCACUUUGCAAUUGUAAUGAAUGUAAUAUCCACAGUAGAAGGUACAAGCAUUGCCAGCACUUAGGAGACACUUCAGGUUAGGCUUGUUCAGCCUCAGAAAUGUUCGAUCACUUGGUCAAAUGCAUUGCUACAAAACUUUCUGGACUUACUGAACAUUUGUUGUUAAUUGCACAGAGGUUUAAUUGAGCUAAACCAAAACAGCCUGACUGUAAGUUGAGUUGUUCUGCUGUGACACAGGAGCUGCCUAUCUGGAGCACUGGGUCGGCACUGUAGCUACAUUAGUUUCUUCUCCAACUCCACACAUGUUGCCUCAUGUGUUGGUAUCAAAGGCCAUUCUCUGAAUGAAUCACCAGCCUCUAUCCGACUGUCCCUCACAAGGUGACAAGUAUUUUUUAACCCGUGCUUAUAAUAACUGUUUUAUUAUGCGGAAAGUACUUGAAGCCAUCGGUUUUAUUCUAAUUUUUUUAAUCCUUUUUUUCUUAAAUAAAAGCAGAUUUAUAUUUAGGGUUAUGUUUCUAAAUGAUUUUUCAUAUUUAUAUUGGAGUCCCUAAAAACUGUUGUUUUGUUGCAGUUCUUCUGUGGCACGGCGACGUUCCUUCAUGUAAUUUUGUGAUAUCAAAGGCGUUUACACAAAGCCUAGAUCUGCAUAGCUGGUGUUUUUCCCUCAAUGCUCUGCUUUGGUGCAUAUGUCCACAUAACAGUCACCACAAGGGAAAAAAUAAAAUCAGCAUUCAUAGAUAAGCAGAGGAGACUCAAAGGCUUUGAGGCUGUGGCUGUGGCUGUGCUUUUGCACCAGGAGUAGCCACGGUUGGGCCACACCAACAGCCUUAGAAGUGGCUGCAUAAAGUAAGGGAGCCCAUGGUCAGCAAGGAAUCUUCCUCACAGGGAAGGAUGUUGACUUUGAGCCAGGCAGGAGUUUUCAAGUAGAAAUGCAAGACAAAAAGCACAGCUUUUGUGUUUAAGAAGUCGUUAAAGUGAUGAGGAAGAUCCUUCUGUGUGUGCUCUAUUCCUAUUUGGUCAAAAUGAGCAUUUACUCAAAAGGUUUUAAUGCGCGUAUUUCGAGGAGAAUACUUUGUUCUUAUUCACUGUUUCCAUAUUCAGACUCCACUUAGUAAGACAUGCUGGGUAAAUCACUUGAAGUGUUUUCAAUGCUGUCAGAUUAAAGGUGCUAGUACACCAGGAAUCAAACACACCUACCUUUUGUGGGCCUCAUAUUGGCACCAAGGCUUAUCUUACUGAUUAGCCCAGUUUCUCAUGGCUUAUGUCCUCUCGCAGUCCCAGUAGACAGAGCGUGUUGUUCAGCCACAACUGCUCCUGCUAUUGGGCCUCCAUCUCUGCUGUCUUCCUGAUGUUGUUUGAGAAACAUGACUUGCUUUUCUUGAUGUUUCCUCAUCUGCACUGUGGGUUUCUUUCUCUUUGCUCCAAGCUGAGAGUAGAAGUCCUCCAAUCUAUGUUCGUCCUGAAACUCAUCUGGCUAACAGAACAUCAAGCCAAGACGUUUCUCUUGUGUUUAAAGCUGCAGGGCUCCGAGCUGGUCUGUGAGGUGUUGUCUUGAUCAUAUGAAAUGUAGUUUCUAACUCUGUGCAUUGCAUACGUCUCUGUUGUUUAAAAAGAUGAGUGUUUUUAUAACUUGAUUUUAUAUGUACAUUGUUUGAAAGAAAAUGCCAGGAUACUACAAACCUACAGAAAGCCUUAGUUUUCAAAGUUCAUUGAUUAUAUUAGGGUAUUUUAACCAUGUAUCAAUUACUCUACAGCAACAAUAAAGUCUUGAAGCAUUGCA